AUGUUUAAACUGACAAUCCUCUUUGCCGUGAUCGCAGUCGUGAACUGUGGCAUCAUAGCGCCAGUAGUCCCCGUGGCUCAUCCCGUGGUACACCACGUGGCCCCCGUGGCACCCGUGGUCCCCGUGGCAGCCCUCUCCCACUCGGCUGUGGUCCACCACGCUCCCGUCGUUCCCAUAGUCAAACAUGCUCCCAUCGUGCCAAUCGUGAAACACGCGCCUCUCAUAGCCGUCCAUCAUCAUUAA